AUGGGCGAACUAGAAUCAGACUCAGCAGCGAUCCCCCUCGUCUCUCCUUACCGGAUGUCUACAUUCUCCGGCCAUGACGCGUCUUCAAUCCCGCCCAAAGUCCAUCGAUCCGAACCCGCCCUCAGUGCAGACCCAUCUCUCCAAACUAAACCUCAGAUAUCCCUAUCCGAGUCGUUACCUGGUGGAACGGAAACCACAAGCACGGGAUGGGAGGGCCUGCGGUCUACUCUCCGAGUAUUGCAUAGUGCCAUUGAGACAUUCCCCCCACUCCAAUCGGCAAUUGGUUCUUUGGUUGGCUGUCUAGGCCUUUUUGAGACCGCUUUCAAGAAUCAACAAAGUCAAGAUGAUCUAGCAGCGGAACUUCGGCAAAGUGUAGUAUUUCUGACACAGUAUCUUCAAGAUCCGCAGUCGGCACAUAUGGUUGGCGCAAUUAACGGUAUAUCCAAAAACAUUGACAAAGAGCUCAAAUCAAUCAUCGAAUCUCAAGAGCAAAGUAAAGGAAAACAGAUUGUUGCAGCUAAGCAUAACGAAGACCUAUUGUUGAGGGAUUACAGGCGAAUAGAGAAUUUAUUUCGUCGACUACAGAUCGAAGUCAGCAUGAGUGCAUGGAGCGUUGCGCAUGAACAUCUCGUGGUCACUCGACUUGAGAAUUUGACUCCAGCUAAACUGGCUGCCUAUGACUCGACCCAUGGCACAGAAGUCAACCGUCGUACUUGCACAAAGAACACGAGAGAAAUGAUUUUGCAUGACUUGAAUCAUUGGUCUGACGACACGGAUGCUAAACGAAUAUAUUGGAUGAAUGGUAUGGCUGGUACUGGUAAAACAACAAUUGCGUGUAGCCUGGCUCAAGCGCUCGAAGCCCGCGGUCAACUAGGAGGUAGCUUCUUUUGCUCUAGAGCAUCCCCCGAGUGUCGAGACGCUAAUCGGAUCGUACCAACCAUCUCGUACCAAUUGGCUCAGUACUCGACUCCGUUCCGUGCAGCAUUGUUUCAAGUCCUUGACGAAGAUCCCGACGUUGGUUCCCGAAACAUCACCUCGCAGUUCGAAAGGCUUCUGAGAAAUCCGUUGAUGGAAUCGAGGAAUCAACUAAUAGGCAAUGCUGUAAUCGUGAUCGACGCACUCGAUGAAUGCGAGAGCCCAAGUGCUGUCAAACUCGUCUUGGAAGCACUACUGAAGUGUACAUCUGGCCUUCCGAUCAAGUUCCUUGUCACGAGCCGGCCUGAUCCAAGGAUCUACGAUAAAAUAUCCCAAAACAGCCACCCUCAAGGCAUGAUGCAUUUGCACGAGAUUGAACACUCUAUAGUUCGAGCAGAUAUUGAAUUAUACUUGAAGGAAGAGCUUUCAGAUAUGGCGCCUAAGGAAUCUCAAAUCCUCCAACUGAGUAAUCUUGCCGGUAACCUGUUCAUAUAUGCGGCCACUGCGGUCCGAUAUAUUCAACCCGAUGAUGUGUUUGUAGACUCGGAAGACCGACUUGAAAAUGUUCUCAACACCCAGCUUGCGUCCACUAAGAGGCUCGCAGACCUCGACAAUUUAUACAGGGCAAUACUCGUCACAGCACUCAAGAACGAAAAGCUCGAAAAGGAGGAAGCUCUACGCAUCCAACUUGUUUUAUGGACUGUCGUUUGCUCAAGAGAGCCAAUGGAUAUAAACACAGUCACCAUGCUAGUCGACAAGGGCGAAACAAAGCACAUUUUCACAGCGCUCAAACCACUUCGGUCCGUAUUGCAUAUGUCAGAAGCUACUGGACUAGUGUCGGCGUUACAUGCUUCCUUUUCCGACUAUAUACUUAAUCGGGAACGGGCAAAUGAAUUCUUUUGUGAUAAAGAGGCUCAUCAUCUGGUCCUUGCUUCUCGGUGCUUUGAUAUAAUGAGCGCUACCUUACGCUUUAACAUUUGUGACCUGGCUUCAUCCUUUGUCCCUGAUUCUGCUGUUCCGAACCUUGAAAUGCACGCGACUGCCCGGAUAUCUUCACCUUUAUUUUAUGCUUGCCGUUAUUGGGGAGAUCAUUUUGUUCUUGCUUCCGAAUCCGGGAAAAUAGGGCAGAAACUGAGCGAAUUCCUGACGCACCGGCUUCUUUUCUGGAUGGAAGCUAUGAAUCUGAAGAACUGCCUAAAAGCGGGUCUUUUGGUACUAGUGGGUGCUCAAAAGCGGAUCAUGACUUGUCGCGAAUAUCGAAGCUGUCGAAGAAGUAUCGCCGAUGCUCACACCUUCCUCACCCGAAUCUUCUGUCCAAGAUCCAGCUCCGUAUUCAAUAAUUACGAGGGCAUGAUACAAGAACGCAUGAACGUGAGCGGAACCGCCAUGAUGCGACGUGAUACAGCGCCUCUAGCAAUAUGGAGUACCGAGCAUGGCCUCAAUUGCUUCGUACUCUUUCCAGACGGCACUCGCAUUGCCUCUGGCUCGUCUGAGGGUACUAUAAGUGUCUGGGAUACAGCCAAUGGGACACUCGUUGUUGGACCAACUGAGCCUCGUGGUCACAGCGUCCUCGCGAUAGGAGUUUCGCCUGAUGGUCAGCUAAUCGCGGCCGGAUAUGAGGAUGGCACCGUAUCUACUUGGAAUACAACAACCGGUUCGCCAGUAUCCGGACCAUUUAAUGGCCACUUUGACAGCGUAUUAGCGGUGACAUUUUCCCACGACAAUAUGCGUAUUUUCUCUGGAUCUAGGGAUCAUACUAUACGAAUUCGGAAUGCAUUCACUGGUGUCCUCACUACUGGGCCUCUCGAAGGGCAUGCCGGCAGUGUCCAUUCUAUUUCAGUGUCACCUGACGGUAAACUUAUCGUUUCGGGUUCGGCCGACUACAGCAUCCGUAUCUGGAACUCGAUUGAUGGAACACCAAUAGGGAUUCCUCUAGUGGGGCACAGUGGCACCGUGUGGUCUGUCCAGUUUUCUCCCGACGGUACCAGCAUAGUCUCAGGGGCGGACGACAAUCUCGUAGUGGUGUGGGAUGUAAGCGACAGACAAUCCAUCUCUGUACGGUCAAAGCUCGAGGGACAUGAAGAAGGCGUUGUAUGCGUGGGGUUCUCUCCGGGUAACGAAUAUAUCGUGUCUGGUUCAUACGACGGUACCAUCCGUACGUGGGAUGCCAUCAAUGGUGUCCUGAUUUCCGGUCCGUUUGAAAGGCGCAAUAUAGGCUUCCGUUCUGUAGGCUUUUCUCCUUAUGGCACCUGGUUUUAUUCCGGUUCUUCCGACGGCACAAUUUGUCUCUGGGAUGCUACCUCCAGAGCCAUUCUGGACGGAUUCCCUCGUGGCCACACUAGGAGCGUAGAAUCAGUCCAGUUUUCGUUAGAUGGUACGCAUAUCAUCUCUGGUUCCGAGGACCAUACUAUAUGUGUGUGGGACUCUCGCGAAGGCAAUUUGGCGGUUGGGCCAUUCAGGGGGCAUACGGCUGGUGUGAUAUCAACCGCGCUAUCUCCCGACGGUACUCGAAUAGUAUCUGGUGCAUUUGAUCGAACUAUCUGCAUAUGGGAUUCGGCAGACGGUAGACUCCUGCUUGGCCCGUUUCGGGAGCACAAAGAUUGGGUAAAAUGUGUGGAGUUUUCGCCCGAUGGCGCCUCUUUUGUCUCAUGUUCAGACGAUGGGACUAUAUGCGUGUGGGAUACGAUGCGAGGCGUUCCGCUUGUGGGGCCAUUUAGGCAGCAUAACAGUAGCGUGCGCUCCGUAGGAUUCUCGCCUGAUGGUGCAUGCCUGGUUUCCGGGGCUUCCGACGGUACCAUUUGUAUAUCGGACUCGGCCACAGGGAAGCUACUGCACGGCCCAUUCAAAAGGCAUAGCGACUGGAUCAGCUCCGUGUCAUUCUCUCCCGAUGGCCGAUUCAUUGCUUCUGGCGCUGGGGUCAAAGACCGCACCAUCUGUAUCUGGAGUGCGGAUGGUGAAAUGUUGAUGUGUGGUCCACUACGGGGCCAUGAAGGCGGAGUGUUGGCGGUGUCGUUUUCUUCUGAUAGCCAGCGAAUCGUUUCCAGCUCGGACGACCGUACUAUCCGAGUGUGGGACACACAAAGUGGCGACCUCAUAUUUGGGCCACUCAAAGCACAUCAUCAAAGCGUUCGCUCCGUUCGUUUCUCACCCGACGGUACUCGCAUCGUGACCGGCUCCCGUGACCAAACUAUACGCAUACAUGAUAUCGAACACUCUAGCGAUCACAGCGAUGCCCUGAACGGGAUAUGGGAGAUAACGGAUGAUGGCUGGUUCAAAAACGAGAAAGCGCAACUCCUUUUCUGGGUCCCUCCGGAGAUCAGGCGUUCGUUUCCGAGGCCAUACAACCCAUUGACUAUUGGUCCAGAAGGAUCGAUUCAAGUUGACUACAGUCGACUGCGCCUAGGAGUGAAUUGGCAAGAGUGCUAUAAACCCAACUAA